AGGGUUUUACGUUAGCCAUUCUGCCAUAAUCUUUUAGAGAAUACACCUGGUAGCGCUUUGGUUUUCAGAGAGGAAAGUAUGGGGAAAGUAAACGGACACUAUUUUCGCAAUGUGCUGGAUAAUAACAGAGUCGUUGAUAUUUCCAAUAAAAAUGCCAGAAGAAUGUUUGCUUUUGAAGAUGAAAAAAAACUAGAAAAUUCAUCAGCGAAUUCACGCGAAGAAAUUCACACUUUGAAGGUGAGCGCAGUCGGUAGUUUUCCUCAAAACUACGAUACUCGCUUACGUCGAAUCAGUCAAGAAAAAUCUACUAAAAACGACGAAACGGAAGAGGCCGAUCUGAAGAGCUUGACGACGACAUUCUUCAAGAAAUCUUCGAUAUACGCUUUGAAUCAGAUCGGAAACUCCCGCACCACCAGAAGGAAAGUAUUCUGGGCGCUGAUCUUGAUCGGUGGUCUGAUCGGUUGCGGUUCUCAAAUAUAUCGAUAUCUCUCGGCUUAUUACUUGUACCCAGUGGUGGUGAACAUCGAUUCGAAAAGCGUUUUCAAUCAACACUUCCCGGCGGUGACGGUGUGCAAUUUGAACAACGUUCGCAGGCAAUAUCAACCCUGCCUGUGGCAAAAACUGAACUAUAAAGAGUGCAACAUCACUUUGUUUGACGAGGAAUUCGGUCCUGAGUUUACGGAACAGAUGGAACUACCGCCGUGCCUCGACGAUCGCAACAUACGACUGGCAGAUGAAAUUAAACACCAGAUCAAGUUCACCAAUUUGUAUUCUUCUGUCGAUGGCGAGAGCAGGAUGCAUUACGGACACCAACCCGAAGACAUGAUUAAAUCCUGCUCCUUCAACGGGGAGGAAUGUUCUUACCGACAGUUUACCAUUCAUUCGGACGACGUGUUCGGGAAUUGUUAUUCGUUCAACCAGGUAUCAGGCGAUAAAGAGCCCCGUAGAACAGCCUUCGUGGGGCCGAAUUCCGGCCUCACCUUGGAAAUGGACGUCCAGAGUGCUGACUACUCGUGGCUAACUAGAUCUGUGGGUGCCAGAAUUGUCAUACACGAUCCCUACCAGGAGCCAUUCCCUCAAGAACAGGGCAUCAACGUCGCGCCAGGUUUCGAAACCAUUCUCGGACUCUCCAAAUCAUCCAUGGUCAGACUGCCCGACCCUUACAAGGACCACUGCAAAGCUUACGAGAGGAACAACAGUCAGAAACAGUGCAAUAUGGCGUGUUUCGAGGAACGGAUAGCGGAACAUUGCUCUUGCUACGUGAAGAGGAAGACGAACGAAACGGACAGAUACUGCGACUUCACGAACGGAGCGGAUUUCUGCUGCGUUCACGACGCUAAAGUGGAAGAGGGUGGAUCGUGCUCGUGUCCACUGGAAUGCGAAUCGUCGCACUACAACGUGAAGAUUUCCAGCGCCAUCUGGCCGCUGACGAGCAAGAAUGUCGGUUCGGAUCUGCCGAUUGAGGAGAUACGCGAGAACAUGCUUAAAGUGAAAGUUUAUUUCGACACGUUGGAGCAGCUCAUCUAUCAGCAGAAGGCCAUGUUCGACGAUGCGGAGGUUUUGAGCCAGAUUGGCGGACAAAUGGGAUUGUGGCUGGGCCUUUCGCUGGCUGCAAUGUUCGAAUGCGUCGAGAAUGUUGUCCUCCUAUGGUACUACAAGAAUAAGUAUGAUCAUUCCGAAAUCAUUGAUUACCCGGAUGACGUUGACAUUUUAAACGACAUGAUGAGGACUGAUUCGUGCUUGAAAAUGCUUGAAAAUUCGUCCAUUCCGGCACUUUCGAGAAUCGGACAAUCGAAAACGGCGAAGAAGAGGCUUUUUUGGAUUUUCAUUUUCGUGGCCUGUUUGUGCGGCGGCUGUUACGAAACCUAUAGCUUCUUGCACCUUUACUUUCAAUAUCCGGUGCUCAUAGACAUCGGGGUGGUGCAGCAGGAGAGAGGCACUCAAUUCCCAGCCGUCACCGUCUGCAAUCUCAACAAUGUCAUGUCCUAUCACGCUCAGUGCGUGUUCGAAAAUACACGCUGGCAGAACUGCAAAAGUGUUAAAUACAGACGACCCGGUCACCGCCUACUCAACACACUCAGGAGAAAGUACAGAAAUUGGUGGAAGCAACUCAGUGAAGACGAUUCACAAAAAACUCAACAUUUCGUGAAAAAUUAUCUCAGCUUGGACAGCGAGAAUCGAGGACGUUACGGUCACCGCCUCGAAGACACCCUUCGGAAAUGCACCUUCCAAUCGAAAGCGUGUGACGAAUCGCAUUUCACCCCCCAUGUCUCAUUGCAAUUCGGAAAUUGCUUUACCUUUAAAACUGACGAGAACGAUCCUCUCCUCGGAGGGGGGCUGGAGCUUCAUUUAAAUGUUCAAGAGCAAGAUUAUGUACCCUUCACCGCUGAAACAGGAUUCCGAGUGACGAUUCAUGACCCGGAGGACGAUCCCAAUCCUGAGGAAACAGGGUUCAAUGUCAGUCCUGGCUCUGAAGCACUGGUUAGGCUGGUGAAAAGUACACUGUACAGAUUGCCAUCCCCGUACAGGGAUCAUUGCAAGGAUUAUCAGGACGAACUUAACAGUCCAAACGAUAAAAUUUUCAGAAAACUUAGCGAAACAGGAAUGAUUGACCAGAGCAGCCAAGAAGACCCGAGAGAAAACUUCAAAACUAAAUAUCUUGUGGAUAAUUAUUUCACGAUGACCAGGAGUAACGAAAAUGUGACAAAGAACAGUAAUCAGUUUUCUGUGAAUAAUCUCAGGAUUAUCUGUAAUCAGUUAGAGAAAAACAGCACGACUGCAGAAAAAUACAACAGGAUGAGUCAUCAGGGUUCAAAUCAUAUUCUAAACGACAGUAUUAUUAAACUGAAAGAAGACGAUAAUAGAGACAACGAAGCUUUCAGCCCGAUGCAUCUCGUGGAAAACAACGUGAAAGCAAGCAGCCAGACAGACUGCAUACGUGAAUGUAUGUUAAAAUACAGUUUGAAAAAGUGUUCUUGCGUGGAUCCCUUCCUGCCACAUACUGGAUUUCCGCCUUGUGAAUUGAAAAACGAAACGCAAAUGACCUGCUUGGAUAAUUCAGUGGAUGACUUAGAAAAGAGUGGUUUGCCCUGUGAUUGUCCAUUGCCUUGUUUAAGUACCUGGUACAAUCACAAAGUCUUUUCAUCUAGAUUGUAUUCCAGUGGAUGGCAACAGCCGUCUCUGUUGAGCUCUGAGGAUUUUGAAUCGUUUCUGAAUUUCUCUGGAAAGAAACGGGGAAGUUCCUCCGUGGACGAUCGAGUGAUACUUCGAGUGUCUUUUCAGAGUCAUGAUCACGUGAUCUAUAAACAGAGAGCAAUGUUUUCCGAUUCUGAAUUAUUCGCACAUGUCGGAGGAAGUUUGAGCUUGUGGUUGGGACUUUCCCUGGUUUCUUUAGUGGAAUUCGUAGAUCGUUUUAUUCUAGUGUGUAAACUGCGCACGAGUAAGAGACGCCAUAAUUAUAUUUGAAUAUAUGAACGGUUUGCAAUAAUUUAAACUUUAAUCUGAAUCAUACCCACCACAGUGAAAAUAAGAAUAUAGUAUAAAGAAGGAAAUUGUUCGAUUUUGAUUAUAUUCAUGAUUAAAUAAUACUGGUAAAUAAUACUUGCUUGAUU